UUUUUUUUUGUCUCUGUGCGCGGGGAGUAGGUCGAGGUUGUGUUGGUUUGAGUACGUGGCGGCAGCAACACGGUAAGUAGUGUCGACGAUUAGCUUCAAAGAGCGGCACAACCAGUCGUCGCCGUCGCCCAACACAGCUUCUCCUCCGCUGCUACAACAAGUAGCGCGGCCGCGUAAAGUCAAUCGUGUGCAUCUCGGCUUGUCUGUACCAGGAGAGCAUCUGUUCGUUGUUUGUUGUCUGUUGUUGUCAAUAUAGGCGGUCAGGCAUCUAGCCUGUAGGACAUGGCAGUAAUUUGCGUAGCAACCGGGGCACGGGGAUGAUGGACAACGUCUUAUUUCCCCCCCCAAGACCCCCGCCGUUUUGAUGACCGCUCGGUAGCAGCGUCAACCGUGUUUGGUAGUGCCGUUAGGAGUGUGAAGGAGGUCGAUGUUGAGACUCGUAUGCAUAGUAGUAGACGCGUACAACAAGGGUUGGGAGAACGGCAAAAGAGGAAGGGGCGUGUUUUUUUUUGCCGUCGGGGUUGAUUUUCGUGGAGAGAGAAAAGAGAGGACGCUCUUGUUGCUCAUGGGCAAAAGACGCCGUCGACUACUUUGGCCGCUUUGGUCGAUUCGUCUUGACCCAGCCAUUUUCUCGACGGGUAGAAAGACGUGUCCGCCCCCGCCGCGUGCUGCUGCUGCUGCUGCUGCUGUGGCCGCGGCGCUAGAGAGAAAAAAGGACCAAACGUCGAUUACACUACUGUCGAGAAGAAAUGGAAGUGCUUUUGAACCGAAGCUCUUGGAUGGAUGAUGAAUGGUUUGACGCCAUCCACGGCCGUUUGGAGCGGACUUUCUGGACACAGAUGAUGAUGCUGCUUGUCGUGGGUGGAUUAUUUUCAUUGGUCGCACGGUGUCAUGAGUUUAUGGAUGGUUUCGGGCAUCAUUUCACCUACAUGGGUUAAUGUUUUUCUUGGCGAGCAUCCUGUACUAACGUUGGUGAUUUCCCACUUUUUGUAUCUUGCGUUGCUUUGCAGCGUCGUCAAGAUUUUGUUUUCUGCCCGAUGUCGUUAUUACUUUCCCUGGCAGAGGCGCGGAGGGCGGCUGGUAGUACAUGACGUUUCCUGUUGGAUGUUUUGUGUACCGCCCGCUGUAGUAGGGGCAUUGUUGCGUAGGUGUUUGGAUUUUUCCCUCAGUGAAGUUACUCCCCACGUUGAGAGGAGGGGAAAAGAGUCGUUUGAGAUUAGUACCUGUAGUAGCGGUCUCGACCUUGCUUUUGUAUUCGUAAAAUAAUGCGUACAUACCUUCGUCUAUUAUUUUUGUUUUGGGUCAGAAACGAGGCAAGGGUUCUUCUCUGCUGAAUGCAUUCAUUCGUAGACAAUGAAGAAGUCCAGGAAAAUAAAGUUCGCGGUGAUGUAUUUCUCCCACGGAUUCUUAUCGUUCCUUUUUUUUCACCGUCCGCCCCUCCUCCGGUAAUUCAAAGUGGAACGUCGUCUGGAACGCUCUCUGAUUUCACGCGGUUUGGUGCUUUUUUUCGAGUUCCCCUUCAUCGUUUUUUUUGCCUCCCGUUUAUUUCCUUUUUUGUCCAAUCGUUGAAACUUU